CCUGCUCGCUCUUUGUCUCUCAAUAUAAUAAAAAAGGGAAUUGAUUAUUUCCAUCGGUUCCCCAAUUGUGCCCCUUGUUUACCCUUUUUCCGUGGCAUCCCUCCAGCCCUGUUUCAGGUUUAUUUAUCCAACAAUUGUAAUUCUUUGUACAAUUAUCACUUCUUCCCCAAAUUCAGGCUUCUUUAUCAUCUGAUCCGUUGUAAUUUCGGAUAGCUGAUGUUUCUUCUCUUGUGGAUCCGGGAGUUUAGUUGAAAGUAUUGUGGGUAAUAGAUAUAUCAUGGACAACCAUGAGAUGCUUAUUGGGCAAAGGCGGGAUAUGUCAUUGGUUCAAAACCAGCAAUUGGUUUUAAGGCAUGGUCAGGGUUUAGUGGUUGGGCAGAACCAUAAUAUGGGAUUAGGUCCCCACAACCACAAGCAAGACAUAAAGUUAGGCCAGAAUCAUAAUCAAGAUAUGCAUUUGGGACAUAGUCAUGGACAUGGUCAUGACCGUGAAUUACUACUGAACCAUGAUGAUGGCAAUCGACAUGAUAACGGAUAUGAUGAAAUUGAUGAAGGGGAUGAUAUUGAUCAUGGUAUUGAUCGUGACCAAGACAGAACAAAAAACCAUGAUUCCCAUUUGGUUCUUUCUGAUCAAGCGCCAUUAGGUUUAUCUGAUAGCAACGGAUUAGCGGUUGUAAAUAACCACGAGCUUGAUGAAAACUUGGACCUCGUGAUGCAUCCACACCCUGAAAUGGGUAUGGUUCCUUUAACAGCCCAACCCCCUGAUCUCGUUGUCACAACCCCAGUCAUCCAAAGCAGAACAUUAGCCCCGUCUCCGAACUAUGAACUAAUGGUUGGUCAGGAGUUUCCAGAUGUUACUAGCUGUCGAAGGGCCUUAAGACAUACCGCGAUUGCUCUGCAUUUCGAGAUACAAACCGUUAAAUCUGACAAAACACGUUUCACUGCCAAGUGUGCUAGUGAAGGUUGCCCAUGGAGGAUACACGCAGCUAAGCUACCAGGUGUCCCGACUUUCACCAUCCGAACCAUCCAUGGUGACCACACCUGUGGUGGAAUCGCGCACCUUGGUCACCAACAGGCUUCGGUUCAGUGGGUUGCUAAUUCGGUUGAACAACGGUUAAAAGAAAAUCCACAAUGCAAACCAAAGGAGAUCCUGGAAGAGAUUCACCGUGUUCAUGGGAUUACAUUGUCAUAUAAACAAGCAUGGAGAGGUAAAGAGAGAAUCAUGGCUGCUUUACGAGGAUCUUUUGAAGAAGAUUACCGUCUUUUACCUCAGUAUUGUGAUCAAGUCAGACGGACAAAUCCCGACAGCAUAGCAUCAGUUUAUGUGAAUCCCAGUGAUAACUGUUUUCAAAGGUUAUUUAUAUCUUUUCAAGCUUCAAUUUACGGGUUUUUGAAUGCUUGUAGACCGCUUCUUGGGUUGGACAGCACCGUUUUGAAAAGCAAGUAUCUCGGUACAUUACUUUUUGCAACCGGUUUUGACGGUGAUGGCGCUUUGUUUCCUUUGGCUUUUGGGGUGGUUGAUGAAGAAAAUAACGAUAAUUGGAUGUGGUUUCUUUCUGAAUUGCAUAAUUUGUUAGAAAUCAACACGGAAAACAUGCCGAGGCUUACUAUUUUAUCCGACAGACAAAAAAGUGUUGUUGAUGGUGUGGAAGCCAAUUUUCCAACAGCUUUUCAUGGAUUCUGCAUGCGUCAUCUUAGUGAAAGUUUCAGAAAAGAGUUCAAUAACACUAUGCUUGUUAACCUUUUAUGGGAUGCAGCCAAUGCACUUACCGUUAUGGAAUUUGAAUCCAAAAUCUUGGAAAUUGAAGAGAUAUCCCAAGAAGCUGCUUAUUGGAUUAGGCGGGUCCCUGCUCGUUUAUGGGCCACAGCUUAUUUUGAAGGAACCCGCUUUGGCCAUUUGACAGCUAACAUUGUAGAAUCAUUAAAUGUGUGGAUUCUAGAAGCUUCUGGCCUUCCCAUAAUUCAAAUGAUGGAAUGUAUUCGUAGGCAACUGAUGACAUGGUUCAACGAACGACGUGAAGCCAGUAUGCAAUGGACUUCAAUACUUGUUCCUACUGCAGAAAGACGGGUCUUGGAAGCCAUUGACCGGGCCCAAACAUAUCAAGUUCUCAAAGCAAAUGAGGCUGAAUUUGAGGUUAUUUCACACGAAGGGACAAACAUUGUUGAUAUUAGGAACCGGUGUUGUUUGUGUAGGGGAUGGCAGCUUUACGGGCUGCCAUGUGCUCAUGCCGUGGCAGCUCUUCUUUCUUGUAGACAAAAUGUUCACCGGUUUACCGAAAGUUGUUUCACGGUUGCAACUUAUAGGAAAGCAUACUCGCAGACAAUUCAUCCGGUUCCUGAUAAAAACCUAUGGAAAGAAAUGCUAUUGGAUGGAGUUCCACAAGGAGAAGGUAGUAACAGCGUGACAGAGAUUAUUAUUAAUCCACCAAAGUCACUCCGACCCCCAGGAAGACCAAGAAAGAGGAGAGUUCGGUCAGAAGAUAGAGGGCGUGUGAAAAGGAUUGUGCAUUGUAGUCGGUGCAAUCAGACAGGUCACUUUAGAACUACUUGUUCUGCUCCUAUAUGAUAUGAUUGUUUAUUGGUAUACAGUACAUGGAUAAAAUCUUUUGUGCUUGUAUAUUUUAAAUAAGGAAUAUGUUGAUUAAUCCUUCUAAAAAUGUUUAUGGUCUAUUAGACAAUGGUAUAUAUCGUUUGAACUUUGCAGA